ACGACAGCAAGCACAACAUGCGCAACGACGCACGGCAGCAAUGCGCGGCAGACGUGCAGACACCGACGAGGGUGCUCAGCUCCGCGUCAUUGGUACUGAGUGCGAUCGUAACGCUCUAUCGUGCGUGGAAGCAUCGCCAAAGCUCCGCUGCCACGACGCCAAUCAUGACCCAUUCAUGUGCGUUGGCUGGAAUCGUAUCGCUCGCGAUGCUAUUAAACUCAUCGGUCGAGGAAGAAGAAGAAGUUUCUUUCUGCCGCGUCAAAGGACUCCUCUUCCAGACCGCGGCUACCGCUAUGAUCUGGCAGUGGGUGUUUAACACUGUCGCCUUGCACUUGAUGGUCGUGCGCAACCUUCCUCCGUCACACUUGGUCGAGUGCAUACCGUCGUAUUUGGUGUUUGCCGUGCCAAGCAUCUUGUUGUCCAUCGCGCUCUCGAAGAAUCGAUUCGGCCUCGACGAACCCAUGUCGUUCUGCUGGAUCCCGGACAACAUGCAGCGCUUCGCGUUUUUCUACUUGCAAAUUCUACUCGGUGUCGUCGUAUUUCUCGCACUCAUGCCGUCCGUCCUCAUGAACGUGAUCACUCACGGCAGUGCCGGCUUCUUCGUCGAAGUGGUGCAGACGCUGUACCUGGGGCUGUCCUUUGUCGUGCUGCUAUGGGACGCGCUGAAUGCAGUCGUCGCACCGGAGUCUGCGUUUCUCCAAGCGACCAUCUACUCUUCCUGCGCGCUUCAUCAUCUGCACUGGUCGACGUUUGGUGUUGUGUUGUCGGCCCUGGGGCUGCUUCGUCCGUCGUCUUCGGCGGGCAACGCGCCAGCCCAGGCGAAAAUCGAGCCAAACUACAGCAGCCAUGGUGAAGGCGUCCAGUCCUCUGGCGUCAUCGGCACGGCAUCGCCGACUUCCAGGGCCGCGUCAUCGGCAACGCACCAUUAUUUUCCUGCAUCGGGCGACAUUCCACCGUCGGCGACCAUGUCGUCCGGGUCGUCGCAGCGGCGAUCCACCCCGACGAACGCCGUGCCAUCGCAACCACUCGCACCGCCGCGCGACGACACCCAUCAUCAUCUUGCGUAUGACAUGAGCUCACGGAUGGCGCCGUUCAAGUUGAAUCCGUUCUCGAACGCAAUGUUUCACCCGACGGACGACUUGUGCAAAUCCGCCUACGAUUCGACGUGCGAGACCGCGCUCAGCGUACCCCCCGACACUGUCCGGCGCCUCGAGCAGGAGCGAGCCAUGGAAGCAUACACGCACAUGCUGCUCGGGUACGUGCGGGAGCAGCUCCAGGACGAAGGGUACGACGUGAGUUCGCGGCAAAUGAGCACCUUCAUGUCCACGUUGGAGCGGUCGAUUCUGCCCGCAACUCGGGACGGCAGCUUGAACAAGUCGAUUUUGGACUCGAAGAAACUCAAUCAGAUGCUGGUCGAAUACCGUCGGGAGAAUCAAGCGUCGUUCGUGCAGACAAGUGGCACGGACGACGAUCAGACGUCGUUUGGUGGCGGGAAUCACCUCAUGGACGUCGACGAGCGGCUGAACAAGGCCAUGGAGCGGCUCCACCGAGACCUGCCAGCCACGGCGGCGGCGUCGUCUCGAAGUGCGGUGGACCUCGACGCGCGCCUGGCGGCAGCCAAGUCCGUCUUUGAACAACACCACGACAAACCGGCGCCACCCGCGCUUUUUCCCCGAAAAAACGUUAGCUUUGCAGGCAGCGCCAACAUGGACCUCGACAUGCGUCUUGCCGCUGCCAAAGCAAUGUACCAUGACGCACCGAGCAGCAGAUGCAGCGAUGAUGACGACGAGAGUGUGCAAAGUUCGUCGUUUGCCCUUGACACUGACGGCGAUUUGGACGCGCAAAUGGAAGCGGCGCGCGCGCGAUGGCUCGCGGCAGAAGCCAGAUGUGAAAAUGAUGGCGAUCGUGCAUAGCCACGGCUAAAGGAAUGUGAUGCUUCCCCGCCGUGAGGUCAAAUUGCAUCCAUGCGAUAUGUCCA